AUGGAAUCAGUGAAGGCCAUCAUCUUAUUUGCCUUCUUUUUCUUCACAUAUGUUGUGAAAGCCCACAUUGCUGAAAUGGAUGCCGUGUGGCAACAUCGUGCCAAAGUAGCCGAGAUGCGCACCAUUGCCAACUAUGAACCUCAUCCCGAGACAGUCACCAAAAAUUUCAUGGCCAAAGUAGACAAGGUAUUAAAGGCGGACGAUCAAGUCCAUCUCAACACCACUAGAAGGUCACUGCGGAAAUACGUAGGACCAUGCUUGGCAACCAACCCAAUCGAUAGGUGUUGGAGGUGCAAACCUGACUGGCACAAGAAGCGUAAGAGCUAUGCCAAGUGUGUGUUAGGGUUCGGCAGGAAGACCAGAGGUGGAAAGAAAGGUAAAUACUACGUUGUCACCGAUGCAUCCGACAACGAUAUGGUGAAUCCCAAACCUGGAACCCUUCGUUACGGUGUCAUCCAAAAAGAACCCCUUUGGAUCUACUUCGCUAAGGACAUGAUCAUCCGUCUCAACCAAGAACUCAUGGUUUCUUGCAACAAAACCAUCGAUGGUCGUGGUGCUAAUGUCCAUAUCGCUUAUGGUGCCGGCAUUACAAUCCAGUAUGUCGAUAAUGUCAUCAUUACAAAUCUCCAUGUCCACGAUAUUGUUUCCGGCAAUGGUGGUAUGAUUCGUGAUUCCGUCGACCAUUACGGGCUUCGCACCGCCAGUGAUGGCGAUGGUGUUUCAAUUUUCGGUUCUACCAAUAUCUGGGUAGAUCACAUGUCGAUGUCUCGUUGCAAAGAUGGAUUAAUUGAUGCAAUUAUGGGUUCUACUGCAAUUACCCUUUCUAACAAUCACUUCACUCAUCACAACGAGGUUAUGCUUUUCGGAGCAAGCGAUGGUUACUCUGCUGAUGAGAAGAUGCAAAUUACUGUAGCAUUCAACCAUUUUGGAAGAGGAUUGGUACAGAGGAUGCCAAGAUGCAGAUGGGGAUUCUUUCAUGUUGUGAACAAUGAUUAUACACAUUGGUUAAUGUAUGCUAUUGGUGGUAGUAUGCACCCAACAAUUGUUAGUCAAGGUAACCGUUUCGUUGCACCACCAACAUUGGCGGCGAAAGAAGUUACAAAGAGGGAUUACUCACCUGAGGAAGUAUGGAAGGAAUGGGUAUGGAGAUCUGAAGGAGAUUUGUUGGAGAACGGUGCUUUUUUCAGGCAAUCAGGUAGUCCAUUUAAGAAUAGGCCAUUCUCAAAGAAGGAUAUGAUCUCAUAUAAGCCUGGUACCUUUGUUAGUAGACUUACUCGUUUCGCUGGUGCACUCAACUGCGAGAUCGGCAAGCCUUGCUAAAC